GUUCUUCUAAUUACCGCUAUCCUCGCCCUAGCUAGUGCUAAACCCCAAGAUGGACACGGUCAUGGUCACGCAGUCUCCUCGCAGAGUAUAGUGCUACACACAAGCCAUGGACACGAACAUCAGGGAGAAACUCCUGCUCACCACCAAAUACUCACGACGCAGCAUUUUGAACACGGCGGCCACUAUGACCUAGGACACCACAAGGUGCAACACCACGGAUACACUCAAGUACAUCACCAUGAACACCAACCAAUACACCACGGACUUCAACAGGUACAAUACCACAGGCAUCAGGAAGAUCAUCACCAUGGACAUGAAGAGCACCACGUCGACUACCAUGCUCAUCCUCAAUACGCCUUUGAGUACAAAGUAGAGGAUCCUCACACCGGCGACAACAAGUACCAGCACGAGACCCGUGACGGUGACGUCGUGAAGGGCGUGUACAGUCUGCACGAAGCCGAUGGUACCAUCAGGACUGUUGAGUACAGCGCCGAUAAACAUUCAGGGUUGGUUUUUAAUUAA